AUGGCUGCUGAAAAUCGCCGUUUCGAGACCCUCCAACUGCAUGCUGGGCAAGAGCCUGACGCGGCUACCAAUGCCCGCGCAGUCCCCAUCUAUGCCACUACUUCCUUUACGUUCAAAGACUCCGGCCAUGCUGCGAGACUGUUCAGUCUGAAGGAAUUCGGCAACAUCUACAGCCGUUUGAUGAACCCCACCGUUGAUGUCUUUGAGAAACGUAUUGCCGCCCUUGAAGGUGGUGUAGCGGCCGUGGCUGCAUCCUCCGGAAUGGCUGCGCAGUUCAUGGCCAUUUCCGCCCUAGCUCACGCCGGUGACAACAUUGUGUCCACCACCAACCUCUACGGAGGCACAUACAACCAGUUCAAGGUUUUCCUGCCUCGACUAGGAAUUCAGACUAAAUUCAUCACCGGAGAGGACCCAGAGGGAGUUGCUGCGUUGAUUGACGACAAGACCAAAGCCAUUUACGUCGAGACCAUUGGAAACCCAAGAUACAAUGUCCCAGACAUCGAGGCCAUUUCAAAAAUUGCAAAGGAAAAGGGCGUUCCACUGAUAGUUGACAACACCUUCGGCGCAGGAGGCUACUUCUGCCGUCCCAUCUCCCACGGAGCCGACAUCGUCGUGCACAGUGCCACGAAAUGGAUCGGUGGACACGGCACCACCAUUGCCGGUGUGGUCGUCGAUGCUGGCACAUUCGACUGGGGCAAGCACGGCGCGCGAUUCCCCCAAUUCGUAGAGCCAUCCGAGGGCUACCACGGACUUAAAUUCUGGGAGACCUUUGGUAACAUUGCGUUUGCUAUCCGUGUCCGUGUCGAGAUCCUUCGCGACCUAGGCUCAGCACUUAACCCAUUCGGUGCUCAGCAGCUUCUGCUUGGUAUCGAGACACUCAGUCUGCGUGCCGAGCGACAUGCUUCCAACGCCAUGGCGCUGGCCAAGUGGCUUGAAAAACACGACGAUGUCGCAUACGUAUCGUACCCUGGUCUGGAGAGCCAUGAGAGCCACGAGACGGCGAAGAAGUACUUGGCAAACGGGUUUGGUGGUGUUUUGUCCGUGGGAGUCAAGGGCGGCGCAGAGGCUGGAGUUAGGAUCGUUGACGGAUUCAAGAUGAUUUCCAAUCUCGCCAAUGUGGGCGACUCGAAAACACUGGCCAUCCACCCUUGGUCGUCAACCCACGAGCAAUUGACGGAAGACGAGCGUCGCGCUGCUGGUGUCAAGGACGACGCGAUCCGCAUCUCAGUCGGCACAGAGCACAUCGACGAUAUCAUCGCCGACUUCGAGCAGUCGUUCGCCGCCAGCAAGACUGCCCUUGCUGACCGUUCUGCGUAG